GCAUCCAAGCAGAUGUUUAUUGUGACUUAUCAGCGCAGUUUGCCGAACAGAAUUGGCAUUCGCCCUAUGCUUCUUGCUGUACGUUCGUCGCUUAUCGUAACUACCGGCCGCUGUUGUGCUCAUCCACACGGUCACAGUCUAGCAAGUGCCAGUCGCGGUGAACGUUGUGUUUCGGAAGAAAAAGUGCGCUCUCAUCAUGUAUGCUCAGUCUGCCACGAGUGAUAAUGGUACCGGGGACCAUGUGCGUGUGGUCGACUUUCGUUCUGAUACAAUCAGCGUGCCAACACCGAGCAUGCGCCAAGCAAUGUUCACCGCCGUGGUAGGCGAUGAUGUGUACGGUGAAGAUCCGACCGUACGCAAGCUGGAGGAACGAUCGGCAGCGAUGUUUGGCAAGGAAGCGGCCCUGUUUGUGCCCUCCGGCACGAUGGCAAAUUUAUUGGCGAUGAUGGUCCACUGCUCGCGUCGCGGCACGGAAGCCAUUGUUGGUGAUAUGGCGCAUGGAUUCCUCUACGAACAGGGUGGAGCCGCACAGAUCGCAGGUGUGCUGCUGAACACGAUCAGAAACAACCCUGACGGGACGUUCUGUUUGAACGAGUUGGUACGAAAAUUCCGUGGCUUUGACGUCCACGAACCCGACACGGUGCUCGUCAUGGUGGAGAACACGCACAACAUGUGCGGCGGUAAAGUGCUCCCCUUGGAUUGGCUCGAGAAGCUGGCUACGAUAUGUCGUGAAAAGGGCGCUAAGGUGCAUAUGGAUGGUGCCCGCGUGUUUAAUGCGGCCUCGUACCUUGAUCUUCCGAUAUCGCGCGUUGUACGGGAUGUUGAUUCCGUGUGUUUUUGUUUGAGCAAGGGACUUGCCUGUCCAGUUGGAUCCAUUCUGCUAGGAACGAAGGAAUUUAUUAAAGAGGCACAUCGUUUGCGGAAAGCAUUGGGAGGAGGAAUGCGCCAGGUUGGAUUUCUCGCAGCUGCCGGGCUAUGUGCUUUGGAUGAAAUCGUUCCAAAGCUGAAAGAUGAUCAUCUUCGAACGAGACGGAUCGCUGAAGCCAUCGAUCAGCUGGGAAGUCCUAUCUUCAAGGUAGAUGUGGCUAAUUUGCAUACCAACAUUUUGAUGGUGCAGAUCAUCAGUAAGCAGGUUCAUUCGAGUGAUUUGGCUCACCGUUUGGCUACGGUCGCCCCAGGGGAAAUAAAGGCAGGCAUUGUUGAUGCGGAUGGCAAGGGCAUAGCAGUGAAAGUGAGUGCCCGCGAUUGGACAUUCGCACGAAUUGUAAUUUAUACCAACAUUACUGAUGAGGAAGUCGAACUAGCUAUCAAAAAGAUUCGGUAUGUUGUCGCAGAAUAUGAGAAAGAUUUAUAAAACAAAAAAGAUUUCUUCCAUAACAGAGCAACAGUUGUUCUAGGGAUGUAGAAAUGAGUAAAUAAAUGUAUGUAAUAUCGACAGCUA